CUGGGAGGGAUCCAGAAAUGUCUCCAUUCCUGAAAAUGAUCGUGCUGGGAGAAGACCCUGCGAUCCAAGACCUUCGGCCAGGAUCUGUGACUUCUGCCGCUGUUAGACCUUCUACUCCUUGGCCCAACUAUAGGCCCCCAGUCGACUUCUUCUGCCGCCCAUGGCGGAGACCGAGUGGUGGGACCUGCCUUUGGUGCCGGCCGCGGCCGGCGUGGCCGGCGUGGAGGACCGUAGCCGCUUCCUGCGGCUGCACCGGGCACCACGUGGGGGGCGAGCCCAUGGCACCGUGGUGGUGCUCCAUGGAGGCUACUGGAAGAACAAGUUUGGCCUGGAUGACGCCUAUGGCAAUGCCGGCACCAUCAGCCUGCAUCGCUUCUUUUGGGAGAAGGGCUUCUCGGCGGUGGAGGUGGAGUACCGCCGCCGCGACCAUCCCGGAGGUGGUUGGCCUGGCACCAACGAGGACAUCCUGAGUGCCUUGACGCGGAUCUCGCAGCUGAAAGCAGAAGGCUUGGAGGAAGGUCUGCCGCUUUCUCCUCAGCUCGGUGAAGCGAUCCAAAGCUUGCGCCCCGAGCGGCUGAUUCUGCUGGGCCACUCCGCUGGCGGCUGUUUAGCCCUGUGGGCCGCUCAGCGGUGGAGUGGCACCGCUGGUGCAGUGGCACCGCUGGUGCUGGCCGCGGCGCCGGUGGCGGACUUGGUGAAGGGAUAUGAGAUGAAGGUCUCAGAUGAAGGCGAUGCUGUGGAGUUGUAUAUGAAGCAGCCACCGACCUCUGAGAGUGCUCUGGAGGCCUAUCGAUUGGCCUCCCCAGCCGCGAACCUGCCAGUGAGCUUCCCACUGCUCAUCGUCUAUGGUGAUGCGGAUGCCGACGUACCUCCCGAGCUCGUCACUGGGCCGCUGCGAGAAGGCGAACGGGCGCCCGCGUGAACCGGCCGCUGCGUCCGGAAGAGGACGCGUUUGCACUGAAGUCUGCUGAUCCGGAAUGUGAGGCCCUUUUGGUCAAAGCCUAUGCCCACGCGGCGCGCGCUGGAGCGCCCGCCCUGGUCUCGGUGCUCGAGAUCUCCCAGGCCGACCACUUCCAGGUGGUCGACGCCACCAGCGACGCCUGGCGCCAGGCCAUUGUUCCGGCCUUGGCCCAACUCGUCCGGCAACACUAUGGAGAAGAAGCGGCGAUGGCCCUGGAAAGCAACUGAAGCACAUGUGUUGUGCUGGAAAAGGCCCAGAAAAAUGGUCCUGGCGAAAAGCAGCACAUGUUUGCAACUGGGAUCCCGUUUGGCCUUGUCAAAA